AUGGCAACGGAGGAGGUGAUUUACACGGUGGUGGGGUGGGAGCAGCUGCCGCUGGCUCACUACUCUUCCUAUGCCGGCACCUUCCGCGCCUUUGUUGAGGAGGCCGCACGGCACAUCGACAUCCCCACCGCCCCUCGUCUCUCUCACAAGUAUGGAGAGUUCGUGCUGCACAGCCUGGUGAACGAGAGGGAGCCGCGGGUGACGUUCACCUGCCUCACGGGCGACAAGUUCCCGCAGCCCCUGGCCUACGCCUACCUGGCCGCCGUGCGCCGCGAGUUCUUCCGCCGCUACCCGCUCCCCAUGGACAAGAACACCACCCUACGAUUUGAGCUGAACGGCUUCUCACAACAAAUCCGACGGCUGGUGCGAAAGUACAGAGAAUCAAAGAACAUCAAACGAAUGAAGGAGGAAGAAUUCAAGGGCGAGGCGAUCGAGCCGGUGGCGAUGAUCAAGCUGGACGAACUCUACCCGGGUCUGCUCAAGAAGCCCCUCAUGGUCCGCCAUCUCCAGGACCCAUCCCUCCAACUCCGCGGGGCGUCGCGCAAGUCGAACAACUUCUUCCUCUCGCAAUUCCUCAUCCGACACCCGUUCCUCACGAUCGGUCUGUUCAUCUUCGCUGCGGUCGUCGUCUUCAUCUACUUCGUCGUCCUGGUGCCAUUAUGCGGCAACGACCUCCAGAAAGUGGGAGACAAUGGGAAGCAUUCGCCGAUCCGCCAAUGA